AGCGCCCUGCGCCCCUCCCGGGGCCCCCUCCCGCACCCCCAGCGCUUCCUCUAGCCCAGAGCCAGAGCACAGCAGCCCGUACCCUUCCACUAGGCCAGGCCUGAAGCUGGACUCCCUUUCAGUGUCUCCUUCCCCUCUCUCACUGCCUGAGACUGAGUUGUCUCCAAGUGACUGCCCCAUCCUGUAAAAGCUAACACUUAAGUAGGUCCUUCUUUCUGGAGUGGGGAGCGAACCCCAUGUUCCCCCGGCCUCUCACCCCACUGACAGCCCCGAAGGGCACGGAGCCCAUGGGGCGGGCAUCGAGGAGGAACCCCCUGGUUGCAGGAAGGGGUCGGGGUGGGUCAGGAGGGCCACCCCUGCUUCUCCCCUCCAUGCUGAUGUUUGGAGUGAUAGUGGCCUCCAGUGGGCUGCUGCUCAUGAUUGAGAGGGGCAUCCUAGCGGAGAUGAAGCCUCCACCUUUGCAUCCCCACGGCAGAAUGGACCCUGUCUGGCGUAGGGUGGCAGCUGGAGGUCCAGAAGUACUGCUGGAUCCUGGAGACCCGGACCAUCAGGUGCGACAGGAUGUCCGGAAUCGUACCUUAAGGGCUGUUUGUGGGCAGCCAGGCAUGCCCCGUGACCCAUGGGACCUCCCAGCAGGGCAGCGUCGGACUCUCUUCAGGCACAUCUUGGUGAGUGACCAGUACCACUUCCUCUACUGCUAUGUCCCCAAAGUGGCCUGCUCCAACUGGAAGCGUGUCCUCAAGGUCCUGGCUGGUGCCCUGGACAGUGUGGAUGUGAGGCUCAAGAUGGACCAUCGAAGUGACCUGGUAUUCCUGGCUGACCUACGCCCAGAGGAGAUUCGAUACCGCUUACAGCACUAUUUCAAAUUCUUGUUCGUUCGUGACCCGAUGGAGCGCCUCCUCUCUGCCUACCGAAACAAAUUUGGUGAGAUCAGGGAAUACCAGCAGCGUUAUGGUGCUGAGAUUGUCCGCAGAUACCGUGUGGGUGCAGGCCCUAGCCCUGCUGGUGAUGACGUCACCUUCCCCGAGUUCCUUAGAUACCUGGUGGAUGAAGAGCCAGAGCGUAUGAAUGAGCACUGGAUGCCCGUGUACCAGCUGUGCCAACCCUGUGCGGUGCAUUAUGACUUUGUGGGUUUCUAUGAGCGGCUGGAGGCUGAUGCCAACCAAGUGCUGGAGUGGGUGAGGGCACCACCCACAGUUCGAUUCCCCUCCCGACAGGCCUGGUAUCGACCAGCCAGUCCUGAGAGCCUCCACUACCAUCUCUGUAAUACCCCCAGGGCUUUGCUGCAGGAGCUUUUACCCAAGUACAUCCUGGACUUCUCCCUCUUUGCCUAUCCGUUGCCCAAUGUCACCAGGGAGGCCUGUCGACAGUGACCAUUCCUCCAGCCCUGCUGGCUGCCAGGAAAAGCCCUUUUGUAACCCCAAGGCCAACUACUGCCUAGAUCCCAGAGUGUCCCCACAGUGGGGAAAAAAGGAUCAGAAUUCUCAUGUAACCAGGGAAUUAUACUUCCUGUCAGCUGGACACUAGAGCUGAGAGAUGGGGUCAUCCUUCCAGGGCUCUUUCUGAAGGCUUUUAGACUCUCCCCAGCUGCUGGCCCAGAAAGCAGGGGUGACUUCCAAUUACUCCAGAUUCCAGCAGGCUCAAGUGCUGUUAAGCCACCUAUGCCUUGGAGCAGGACAAGGUGGGAAUUUUUUAUCCUGGAGAAGCAUUCUGAGAUAUACUGCUACUUCUACUGGGGGCUGGAGGGUUGGGGGUAGAGGGUUUCAACCAGAGGAUAGAGACUUUUCCAUCCAGUAUUAACUAAAGGUGCAUUUCCCACAGCCCCUGCCCCCUAUGUCCACAGAAAAAUGGACUGUAUCUGAGAAAAGGUUUGGGUCCUCACCCUGCUAGGGGAGAAAAUGGUAGAGUAAAUAGUGUUGGACUUGGAGUCUGAAAGACCUGGAUUCAAAUAUGCCCAAGAUAUUUGCCAACUUUAUUAUCCUAGGCAAGUAAUUUAACCUCUUUGGGCCUCCAUGACCUCUAAGGUCCCUUCCAGCUCCAAAUCUAUGAGCCUAUGAACACAAGCCUCCUCUUCCCAGUAGCUGACAGCUGCCCACACCUGCUGCACUUUUUCCCAUGACCAGAACUGGAGGUGACAUUAAUCCCUUUUUAGGGCCAGCCACAAAACCAUGUAAAGCCUAGUGGCAGACAGUGGUGUUGACUGCUCCUCCCCACCACCUCUGUGCUAUCCUUUCUAAGUGCCUUCUAUGCCCUCUCCAAUGCCAGAUUCAGUAUCUUUUCUAUAUCAGUUGGGUUCUUCCCAUCGUCCAGAGAAAGAAACUGAGCUGUGAGAACUCAACUGGGCAGUCCAGUUCUGAACCAGGAAAAGAACCAGGUAAUCCCUAUUAAAACUCCAUCCCCUAUCACUCUCUCUCUAUCCUUAGCCAAAGAAAUGGCCCAAAAGGGCUGAGAGGCACAUGAUUCUUCAAAGUUGCAAGCAAUCAAAACAAACUGGCAAAUUGGUGGGGGGCUUUCUUUAUCGUAUUCUUUUAUUUGGGGCGGGAAGAACUUUUUUCUUUUUUUUUUUUUAAAGAAAAAUGUAUUUGCAUGUGCCUAUCCCGAUGAGUUUAUUUAAGAUUUGUACUUCUCAGUGCCAGCCACUGUCUGCAUCAGACAUCCCCUCUGAGGGUUUUUCUAACAGCUGCAUUUUUAAUAAAGUUGUUCU